AUGAUGUUCAAGAGAAUUUUAACAUUACGCACACCGAACAGUUUACCUUUCUUAACGACGAGUAAGUUCUAUCUUUUUAAUUUAGCAAUCUAUUUAUUAUUAAUUAAGAUAGUUUUAUCCUCUUUCAAAUUGAUACGAUAUAUUUCACUGCACCGUAAUGUUAUUAAAAUAAUCCUUUGAAGAAAAGUUUUGACACAGGUAUUUCAUCGCCAUCCAAGGUUGUAUCUCGAACAUGGUCAGAACAUAACACGGACAUAAACAUAGACAUUGUGGAGAAAUGGGACUUGUUAAGUGCUGUUUGCUUAGAACGUCAUCCGGUAGUUACAAAGUCUAUGCUGGAUAUAGAAACUAGGUACCACAAGAUGCUGCAGCAGGCGGAGUUUGAGAACAGCAUGACAUCAGAUUUUGAAAUGCAAAAGCAAAACAAUAAAGUUCGAAAGACGAUACAAGAUUUCGAAGAUUCUUGGGAACAGGAAUUAACAAACUUUAAACUCGCUGAGAGAAUAAGUAGUACGCACGUCCGAGACUUUGACUUUUUAAAUGAUUUAGCUGCGAUUAACUCGCACUUACGUUUAAUUCGCUCAAACCAAAAUGAAGAGGACAACGCGGUUGCGUCAUUGAGACGAAAGUUGGAUAAAAAUUUAGUAUUACUGGUAGAACAAAAAAUUGGUGAUUCCAAUUUCUGGAUCCCUCCGCAAAGUAUAAGAAAACACAGAGAAACUAUGAUACAAACUGCACGUAGAACUAUACAAGAAUUUUGUGGGAAUAAUAUCAAAGUCAAAUUCUACGGUAACGCACCAAUUGGAUUUUAUCAAUAUAAAUAUCCGAAAAAUUUACAAGAGAAAGGCCAAAAUGGAGCAAAAAUUUUUUAUUUCUUAGCAAAAUACAUAAGCGGAGAUAUUUCUCCCGAUAUAAAACACUGCUGGUUAGAUAGAGAGGAACUUAAAAAAAACCUACAUCCUGAUCUUCAUAAAAGUUUGAUUCAAUUCUUAUUACCCGAUUAA